AUGGCGGCGGUGCAGCUGGUGCUGGUGGGGUUGCUGCUGGCACUGGCGGGGAUGCCGCUGGCCAUGGUGAAGGUGCUGCUCGUCUCGGGGCUGCUGCUUCCGUCGGCAGGUCAGUUAAUUAGUGGCCAGGAUGUCACGCCAUAUGACGUGCUAACAGACAUAAUAAAUGCGGAUGGAUCACUGGGUAAUGAUGAUUAUACAAUAGGAGCUUUCUCUCAAAGCUCCGGCUUGAUUCGGCUGGCUCACUCCAGCUUCGUUAACUUGAUGUGCGCGAUCGCGGUAGGCAAGGACGGGCUGGGAACGGAUCCCUGUCGAGCCUAG